AUGGCGCAGCAGAGCGCUCUGUCGUCGGCGCUGGACCGCAUCGUCCAAGAGCUCCGCUCCAAGCACGAUGAAACCAGACAAAAGGGCGCGCACAAUCUGCGCCAGACGGUCGAGGCGGCGCAUCGAGAGCUGGCGCCCGCCGUCUUCACAAACUUCUACGGCGACGUCUACGGCAAGAUCUCGAGCCUCAUCGUCGGCGGCAGCGACUCCAAUGAGCGCAUCGGCGGCAUCCACGCGCUCAAUGCCCUCAUCGACUUCCGUGGCGACGAUGCCGGCACCAAGACGACGCGCUUCGCCUCGUAUCUGCGCGCCGUCAUGCGCGGCCAGGACACGACGUCUAUGGUCGUGGCCGCGAAAGCCCUGGGACGCCUCGCCAAACCUGGCGGCACCCUCACCGCCGAGCUGGUCGAGGCCGAGGUCAAGGGCGCCCUGGAGUGGCUGCAGCUGGAGCGCCUGGAGAACCGCCGCUUCGCUGCCGUGCUGAUUCUGCGCGAGCUGGCCAAGAACUCGCCCACGCUCAUGUACCAGUGGAUUGCCCAGAUCUUCGAGGUCAUCUGGGUCGCCCUCCGCGACCCCAAGGUGCUCAUCCGCGAGUCGGCCGCAGAGGCCAUCAGUGCCUGCUUCGAGAUCAUAUCCCCCCGCGACUCGGCUAUGCGCCAGCUAUGGUUCGGCAAGGUCUACGAGGAGAUCUUUCGCGGCUUCAGCAUCAACACAAACGAAGCGAUACACGGGUCCCUGCUCACCAUGAAGGAGCUGCUGGACAAGAGCGCCUACUUUAUGAACGAGUCGCGCUUCAAGGAGACGGCAGAGACGGUGCUCAAGUACCGGGAGCAUAGGGAUACCCUGGUCCGUAGGGAGGUUGUGCUCAUCAUCCCGCGACUCGCCAGUUAUUCGCCCACCGAGUUCGCCGCAAAGUACCUCCACCAGUGCAUGUUGCAUUUGCAAGGCCUGAUACGGAAAGACCGCGACCGCGACAAGGCUUUCGUUGCUAUUGGACAGGUUGCGAACGCUGUUGGCGUUGCCAUCUCCCCCUACCUCGAGGGUAUUCUGGGCUUCAUCCAGGAAGGCCUCACAGCGAAGGCGCGGAACAAGGGUGUCAUCAACGAAGCUCCGAUAUUUCAAUGUCUUAGUAUGAUUGCGGCAGCUGUUGGGCAAGCUCUUACGAAGAGCGUGGAACGACUGCUGGACCCAAUAUUCUCUUGUGGACUGAGCGACUCGCUUUUCCAGGCGCUCGUCGACAUGGCGCAUUAUGUACCGCCAUCUCGACCGAUGAUCCAGGAGAAACUCCUAGACCUUCUCAGUCAAAUCCUUGCACAACGGCAUUUCUUACCCCUCGGCAGCCCUUACCAAGUGUCACAACCGCCACAGAUCUGGACACGAGACCACAAAGAUCCUGCCAUUAUUCCUGCGCGAGAAGCUGAAAUCGCUCUUGCGCUUCACACACUCGGCAGCUUCGACUUUACGGGACACGUGCUGAACGAGUUUGUGCGUGACGUCGCCAUUCGCUACGUCGAGGCAGACAACCCAGAGAUCCGCAAGCGCGCCGCCCUGACAUGUUGUCAGUUGUUCGUCAAAGAUCCUAUAGUACAUCAGACUAGCACUCACGCUACCAAAGUGGUCGGUGACAUCAUCGAGAAGCUCUUGACAGUUGGCGUGGGCGAUGUCGAUUGGGAGAUUCGCUGGGAAGUUUUGCUCGCGCUCGAUGCUCGCUUCGACCGUCACCUUGGGAAGGCGGACAAUGUCCGGACACUGUUCCUGGCGCUCAACGAUGAAAUUUUCGUCAUUCGGCAGGCUGCAAUGUCUAUCAUAGGACGUUUGACAGCAGUCAAUCCGGCUUAUGUUUUUCCAUCACUACGCAAAGUCCUGCUGCAAUUGCUGACCGAGGUCAACUACGCUAAUAGCCCGAGGAGCAAGGAGGAGAGUGCGAAGCUCAUCAGUAGUCUGGUUGGAGCAGCUGACAGCCUCAUCAAACCGCUUGUUGACCCCAUUGUUACCGUACUCCUACCUAAAGCGAAAGAUCCGAACCCGGAAGUUGCAUCAACAACACUCAAGGCUAUCGGUGAUCUCGCCUCAGUUGGGGGUGAAGACAUGAUCAAGUACAUCCCUGAGCUGAUGCCGGUUAUCCUGGAUUUCAUGCAAGAUCUCAGCUCGGACUCGAAGCGCUUCUCUGCGCUAAAGGCUCUCGGACAACUCGCCACAAAUGCCGGCUAUGUCAUUGAGCCAUAUAGAGAUUACCCCGAGUUGAUGAACAUUUUGAUGAGCAUCGUAAAGACUGAACCUGAAGGCGAGCUGAGACGGGAAACCGUUAGGCUCAUGGGCACUCUUGGUGCUUUGGACCCAGACGAAUAUCAGAAGAUCAUGGAGCAAUCCCCGGACCAACAGCUCAUCCUGGAGGCGCAGGCUGUUACGGACGUCUCCCUCAUCAUGCAAGGCAUUACUCCUUCAAACGAAGAGUAUUACCCCACCAUCGUUAUCAGCACGCUCAUGGGAUUGUUGAAAGAUCCGUCACUCAUGCAGUUCCACUCUGCAAUUGUCGAUGCUGUCAUGAACAUCUACGCCACUAUGGGACUGAAGUGCGUGCCUUUCCUCAACCAGGUGGUGCCCGGGUUCCUUCAGGUCAUCCGCUCCACGCCAGCUGGACGCUCGGAAGGCUACUUCAACCAGCUCAGCCAGUUGGUCCGCAUCGUUCGACAACAUAUCCGUCCAUACCUGCCGUCAAUCUUGACAUGCGUCAAGGAGUACUGGGGUAAUAACCCCCAACUGCAGGCCACAAUACUUUCACUCAUUGAAGCCAUUGCACGAUCACUCGAAGGCGAAUUCAAAGUUUACCUCGCAGAUGUCCUACCUUUGAUGCUGAGUGUGCUGGAUUCGGACCAGACUGGCAAGCGGCUGCCGUCUGAGCGGGUACUACACGCUUUCUUGAUCUUUGGUUCAAGCGCCGAGGAGUACAUGCAUCUGAUCAUUCCCAUCAUGGUCAAGAUGUUUGACAAACCGGGGCAACCGGGGCACAUUCGAAGACUGGCAAUCGAGACGUUAGGGCGAUUGUCGAAGCAAGUCAAUGUCUCCGAGUUCGCUGCACGAAUCAUUCACCCUCUCUGUCGUGUACUUUCAGGCAACGAUCCAACCCUGAAGCAGACAGCUCUUGAGACGCUUUGUGCACUGAUCUUCCAACUGGGACCUGACUAUACCCACUUUGUACCGACAGUGAACAAAGUUCUGAUAGCGAACAAAGUGCCUCACGAGAACUACGGUCGUAUUGUAUCCAAAUUACAAAAGGGUGAGCCCCUGCCACAAGAUCUGAGCCCUGACGAGCGAUACGGAGAAGACGACGAGGACCUCAACCCUGCAGAGAUUCUCACCAAGAAACUAGCCGUCAAUCAGCAGCAUCUCAAGGCAGCCUGGGAAGCUUCGUCAAAGACCACGAAGGAAGACUGGGUCGAAUGGAUGCGCAGAUUCAGUGUCGAGCUACUUAGAGAGUCUCCACAACAAGCGUUACGCGCUUGCACGCCGUUGGGUAGUAUCUACAAUCCCAUCGCCAGGAGUCUGUUCAACUCGGCAUUCGUCUCGUGCUGGACUGAACUGUAUGAUCAGUACCAGGAAGAGCUCGUGCGAUCGAUCGAGGCUGCACUCACGUCUCCAAAUAUACCGCCUGAGAUCCUGCAGAUUCUGCUGAACUUGGCAGAAUUUAUGGAGCAUGACGACAAAGCACUACCCAUCGAUGUUCGGAUACUGGGAAUGUACGCUGGCAAGUGCCAUGCAUUCGCCAAAGCAUUGCACUACAAGGAAUUGGAAUUUAACGCAGAACAAAACUCGAGUGCGGUGGAAGCCCUUAUCAGCAUCAACAACCAGCUGCAGCAGACAGAUGCUGCAUUCGGAAUCUUGCGAAAGGCUCAGGGGUAUACGGACGUCGAGCUGAAAGAGACAUGGUUCGAAAAGUUGCAAAGAUGGGACGAGGCUCUACACUCCUACCAGCGCCGUGAGCUCGAAGAGCCAGACUCGUUCGAAAUCACCAUGGGUAAGAUGCGUUGUCUGCACGCCCUCGGUGAAUGGGAUCUACUUUCGAGCUUAUCUAAGGAAAAGUGGGCCAAUGCCAGUCAGGAGUACCGCAAGGCGAUAGCACCACUUGCUGCAACGGCUGCAUGGGGUCUGGGCAAGUUUGCUGACAUGGACUCAUAUCUGAGUGUCAUGAAGGAGCAAUCGCCAGACAGAGCAUUCUUCGCUUCGAUCCUCAACAUUCAUAACAACAGAUUCGAAAUUGCCAUCGAGGAGAUCGCCAAGGCUCGCAAGGGUCUCGAUACGGAGCUCAGCUCACUACUUGGCGAGUCGUACCAGCGUGCUUACUUGCCAAUGAUCCGCGUGCAGAUGCUGGCUGAGCUGGAAGAAAUCAUGCUGUACAAGCAGUUGGGUAUCAAGGAGCAUCGCGAAAAGCAAGCUUCCAUGCGGAAGACCUGGAUGAAGCGACUUAAGGGGCUGCAGCCGAACCCUGAAGUGUGGCAGCGGAUGAUGAAGGUGCGACAACUCGUCAUCUCGCCAGAGGAGGGCACCGACAUGUGGAUCAAGUACACCAAUCUCUGUCGGAAGAACAAUAGGAUGAACCUCGCGAACAAGGCGCUACAGAAGCUCCUCAACAUCGAGGGCGCAGGUGAGCACAGGGUCGUCGAAUAUGUGCGCGAGAACGCACACAAGAUCUCCCAUCCUGUGGCGUACGCAACGUACAAGUACAUGUGGGCGGAUCAACACACCCAGCAAGAAGCACUCGACUCCAUGAAGGACUUUACGGCCCGCUUAUCCGACGACCUCACUAUGCGUGCUAGGGCUGCCACGAAUCCGAUGAUGGGACACAACGGUUUGAAUGGUAUGACUAAUGGCCAUCCGCAACUGUUCAACAACAUGAAUCCUUUCGCGGCUUCUAACGGUGUUAACGGGACGGCAGGCAUGAACGGCUCCAACAUGCUUAAUGGGUCAGCUAUGGGCGUCUCACCGGCUGAACUGGCCGAGUGUCACCGUCUCCUUGCAAAGUGCUAUCUCAAGCAAGGUGACUGGCAACAAGAGCUUCAAGAUGGAGAGUGGGAGCACGAAUACGUUCAUGAGAUUCUGUCUGCUUAUGCUGCCGCUACUCGCUACAACAACAACUGGUAUAAGGCAUGGCACGCCUGGGCGCUUGCUAACUUCGAGGUUAUCAACUCGAUAACAUCGAAGGCCGACCGGGAGUCGACAGACGUGCCCUCUAACAUGGUGCACGAUCAUGUCGUCCCGGCCAUUCAUGGUUUCUUCAAGUCCAUUGCUCUGUCCUCGACCAGCUCGCUACAAGAUACGCUUCGUCUACUCACGCUCUGGUUCAGCCACGGUGGCCUGCCAGAGGUUAACAGGACAAUCACCGAAGGCACCAAGUCAGUGCCUAUCGACACCUGGCUGGAAGUCAUUCCACAGCUGCUCGCUCGAAUCAACCAGCCGAACCCUACCGUCCGACAGUCUAUCCACCAGCUAUUGAUCGAAGUCGGCAAAGCGCAUCCCCAAGCUCUUGUCUUCCCAUUGACUGUUAGCAUGAAAUCGGAUGUAUCUAGGCGCCAACGAUCCGCCAAAGAGCUUAUGGAGGCAAUGCGCGAACAUUCUCCUCGUCUGGUCGAACAAGCCGAUCUGGUCAGUCACGAGCUUAUCCGUAUUGCGGUUCUCUGGCAUGAGCAGUGGCAUGAAGGCCUUGAAGAGGCGAGUAGGCUCUACUUUGGAGACCACAACAUCGAUGGCAUGUUUGCGACGCUCGCACCGCUGCACGCCAUGCUCGACAAGGGCCCGGAAACCUUGCGCGAAAUCUCGUUCAUACAAUCCUUUGGCCGAGAAUUACAGGAGGCUCGAGAUUGGUGUAACACAUUUAGAACAUCUGGGGAAAUAGGAGACCUCAAUCAGGCCUGGGAUCUCUAUUACCAGGUUUUCCGCAAGAUUGCCCGUCAGCUGCCAUCUCUCAUGUCACUUGAGCUGCAGUAUGUCUCACCCAAGCUGAAAGAGGCACACGAUCUCGAGCUGGCUGUUCCGGGAACUUACAUCGUUGGCAAACCAAUCAUUCGCAUCAUUUCGUUUGAUCCUCUUGCCUCGGUCAUUCAAUCCAAGCAGCGUCCUCGCAAACUGGAGAUGCAGGGCAGCGAUGGUAAACCACACACCCACAUUCUCAAGGGUCACGAAGAUAUUCGCCAGGAUGAACGCGUAAUGCAGUUGUUUGGUCUCUGCAACACACUGCUGGCCAACGACGUGGAGUCUCGAAAACGACAUCUCAACAUCCAGCGCUAUGCCGCCGUGCCGCUUAGCACGCAGUCCGGUCUCUUAGGCUUCGUGCCUAAUAGCGACACACUCCACGUUUUGAUUAGGGAGUACCGUGAUAGUAGGAAGAUUCUGCUCAACAUCGAACACCGGAUAAUGCUCCAAAUGGCGCCAGACUACGACUGUCUGACCCUUAUGCAGAAGGUCGAAGUUUUCGGGUACGCGCUCGACAAUACCACUGGCCAGGACUUAUAUCGUGUGCUCUGGCUCAAGAGUAAGAGCUCCGAAGCAUGGCUCGAUCGCCGUACGAACUACACUCGCUCGCUCGCUGUCAUGUCGAUGGUUGGCUACAUUCUCGGCUUGGGUGAUCGUCAUCCGUCCAACUUGAUGCUUGACAGGGUCACGGGCAAGAUAGUACAUAUUGACUUUGGCGACUGUUUUGAAGUGGCGAUGCACCGCGAGAAAUACCCUGAGCGCGUGCCGUUCCGUUUGACGCGCAUGUUGACGUACGCCAUGGAAGUUAGCAACAUCGAAGGCAGUUACAGAACAACAUGUGAGCACGUCAUGCGGGUAUUGAGAGACAACAAAGAGUCUGUCAUGGCGGUGCUCGAAGCUUUCAUACACGACCCUCUCCUGACCUGGCGUCUCGGCCACCGUGACUCUCCACCCGAACCCAAUUUCCCUUCGGAGCGACGCCAAUCCAUCAUGGGUGAUAUCACAGACAUGGGCUCGAUGGUGCGCGGUCGACAUCGGUCCAGUAUCGCGCCGCCCAACGAGGCGGAAGCCAAGGAAGUGCAGAAUGCGCGCGCCCUACAGGUCUUGUCGCGUGUCAAGGAGAAGCUCACGGGUAAAGACUUCAGACCUGGUGAGGAAUUGAACUAUCAAAUGCAGGUGGACAGGCUGAUCAAGGAGGCGACAAAUCUGGAGAAUUUGUGUCAGCAUUACAUAGGAUGGUGCAGUUUCUGGUAA